AUGAACGAUGAUGAUGUUUGUGAUCCCAAUGCUUCCAAGUCCCCCAUCAUUCCUGUUGACAGUCAGGAAAGUGCAGGGGAGUCAGAGACUGAGGAGAGCCUUGACCCUGCCCUCGUCUUUGACAGGAACCCAGAUGACUUGUCAGACUCGCCUGACACGCCCACCACAGAGUCAGGCACCACGCUGAUCUUGCCCGGGGUGAAGCGCACGCUUUAUGUCCCACCGCCCCUACCACCCGAUGAUCUCAUGAGUUCCGAUGAUGAGGACCAGGUCAAAGAUUCGAAAGGGAAGAAGGGCAACAAGUCUAGCGGCUCCGGGAAGAAGUCCAAGGCAUCCUUUCGCCGUGGCGUGGGGCGUCCCAAGGCUAAGAAGCCCAAGCGAUGGUCUGGAGCUGGUGCCCUUGAGGAGUAUGGCGAGUAUUCCUUGAAGGAUAUUCCAAUGGCUGCUCGCCCACAGCCAGACUGUAUCCACAGGGGAAAACAUUCCUACACUGUGAAAACAGCUGUCAGGGAUCCCGGGGAUGAGAUGCGAGAGGUUCUUGUGGAUGUCUUACUGAGAGCAAAGGCAUACUAUGUGAAAAAAGCAGCGCCAACAGGACGUUGCGGCCAAAUCACGUGGAAAAAAUUCGGUGGCCCAAAGGCAGCGUGGAGUGUCACUAUGGACCAAGCCCGUUGUGGAGGGGUCCCAUAA